AUGGAGGCAGAAGAGAAGAGACAUUCUCCAUCUUAUUCUCAAAUAUCUCUAGAGACCUUCAUAAUGAGAGACAACAGUUACAAAGAGCGCAUAGAAAAAAUCCUUCAAGAGGCUCCGACUGCAAGAAAAGCUCUUCUAGACAACUACAGCAAUCUGCACAAGGUGGCCGAUUACUGUCAGAACAAAUACCUAAAUGUGGUGGACACCAAAAGUGUCAUUGAAGAGUCCAAGGCUCUCACCACGCAGGCCCUGGCCAGUGUCACAUACCAGAUAAACAAUCUGGCCACCUCUGUACUGAAGCUUUUUGAUGCUCAGACUGUUCAGCUCAAACAGAUGGAGUCCUCCAUCAACAUUUUGACGCUGACAGUUGGCAUACAUAAGGAGAAUAUUGCAUGGAGAGAGAUUGGAGUGCUGACCAAACAGACCAAAAUUCCCCGGACUCAAAAGAUGAUUCCACCAGCAAGUGGACUGGAGCUGUUAUAUCGCUACACCUGCUUAGACAAACUGGGACAUGGCCACUGGGAAACCAACAAAACUUUAAGCUACACAGUCAUGGUCAUCAUGAACUGUUGUUGUAUGAAAAAGAACUGUGUAAAGAUCCUGUUUAAUGCGAGUAUUUAUUGUGGUUCCAGGUCUUUUUUGGGUAUUGCUGUUCCUCCUCCGUCAGUACCUGACUGGGUGGGUUCUAAUGUCACAGCUCCUCCUGAUCUCUCUUCAGCUUCACCGUCUCCUUUACCCAUAUCUGCCUGCUCCCCAUCUCUACCGCCAUAUGUCUAUCCAGAGUUAUCUAUGCUGCCUCCUCCACCUCCUCCAGAUGAUGAGAUGGACGAUGCUCCACCCCCUCCACCUCCUCCCUCUCCUCCUCAGGACAACAUGCCAUUUUCUAUUCCACCACCUCCUCCAACUACCCCACUGCCAUCUCCCCAAAAUACCUCCAUGGUGCCACGUCCCCCUUCUCCACCUCCAAAUAUUGGUGGAAAAUUUGUUCCACCUCCUCCUCCUCUCCCAUUUUGA